CACAAAACCAGCCAUGUCCAUCCUCCGCCUCCGCUCCGCCCUCUCCCCCCUCACCAACGCCAGGCGUUACGCCACCGCCUCCGCCGUCCAGGUCACCUCCUCCACCUCCAACGCCUCCGCCAGCAUCCUCGGCAACAUCGAAGCCACCUGGAAGAACCUCCCCGCCGAUGAGCAGUACGAGAUCUACCAGCAGCUCGAGCAGAUCCAGAAGAAGGACUGGAAGGAGCUGACAAUAGAUGAGAAGAAGGCUGCCUACUUUGUCUCCUUUGGCCCCCACGGUCCCCGAGCCCCCGUCAGCGGCCCCAACCACGGCGUCAAGGUCGCGACCGGUCUUGCCCUCGCCCUCGGUUCUGCCUUUGCCCUCUUCGGCUUUGUCAGGUCUAACGCCCCCCCUCCUCCCGCUACCAUGAACUCCGAGUACCAACAAAAGAUGACCGAAUACAUGAAGGAACAGAACAUGAACCCCAUCUCUGGUAUCUCUUCCGAAGGCUACAAGGGCAAGGGUAUGGUCCAGUCUCCCUAAACUCUUCCUGGACGAAUGGACUUUUGAGGGAUGGGGAUUCAGGAGUGUUUGGGAUGUCUGGGAUGUUUUGGGAUUGGGUGUUGUCUGCAAUGUCGGAAGGGGAUGGGGAGAAGUGGGGAGAGGGGAG